AUGGAGCCAGUAGAGACCUGGACCCCCGGGAAGGUGGCAGCCUGGCUGAGAGGCCUCGAUGAUUCCCUGCAGGACUACUGCUUUGAGGACUGGCAGCUGCCUGGCAAGUACCUGCUCCAACUCUGCCCCCGUAGUCUUGAGGCUUUGACCGUGUGGCCUCUGGGCCACCAGGAGCUCAUCCUGGAAGGAGUAGAACAACUCCGGGCCCUGAGCUCGGGGCUACAGACAGAGAACCUGCAGAGCCUGACAGAGGGGCUGCUGGAGGGGACCCGUGUCUUCCAGAGCUUAGUCCAAGGCCGCCUGGAGGGCUGUGGCGAGCCCCCUGCUGAUGUCCUCAGUGCGGCUGUGGAUCUGGUGCGUGAGGCCCGUACCCUCCUUUUCUGGCUCAACAGGUACCUCUUCUCCCACUUAAACGACUUCUCCACCUGCCAGGAGAUUGGGGAGUUGUGCAGGAAGCUGGGCCAGGCCUUGCAGGAGGACUGCCCAGCAGCUGAGAAGGAGAGCCAAGUCCUGAGGAUUUGCAGCCACGUGGCUGGGAUCUGCCACAACAUCCUGAGCUACAGCCCCCAGGAACUGCUGGAGCAGAGGGCUGUGUUAGAGUGUGUGCAGCUGGACAGUCCUUUGGGCCUGGAAAUCCACACCACUGGCAACUGCCUGCACUUCGUGUCCCGAGUGGGCACCCAGGUUCCCUCCAACUUCCGGCUGCAGAUCCUGCCUGGAGAUGAGAUCGUCCAGGUCAAUGAGCAGGUGGUGGUGGGCUGGCCCCAUAAGAAUGUACUGAGGGAGCUGUUCCGGGAGCCAGCCAGGGUCAGCUUAGUGCUGAAGAAGGUCCCGGUGCCAGAGACACCCCCACAGACUCCUCCUCUGACCCUGGGCUCCCCACAGCUGAGGGUCCCAUCGCCGGCUCUGGACCCACUUUCCCCCAGGGCCCCAUCCAAAGACGUCUUUGACUUCAACCUGGCUUCAAAUCCAAGUCCUGGGCCCAGCUCUGCCUCAAUAGACUCUGCCUCCCUUGACCCGGAGCCCCUGCUUAUCACCCCUGUUCCCCCAGCCACAGCCCCAGAGGGGGUAGUAGAGACUCGUGGACCCCCAGAAAACAAGAGUCCUGACCCUGGUCGGAAGAAAUCAAAAGGCGUGGCGACACGGCUGAGUCGCCGGCGGGUGUCAUGCCGAGAGCUGGGCCUGCCAGACUGUGACGGCUGGCUCCUGCUGCGCAAGGUACCCAGUGGCUUCAUGGGCCCUCGCUGGCGCCGCUGCUGGUUUGUGCUCAAGAGACACACACUCUACUGGUACCGCCAGCCCCAGGAUGAGAAGGCUGAGGGCCUCAUCAAUGUCUCCAACUACAGUCUGGAAAGUGGACAUGAUCAGAAGAAAAAAUAUGUGUUCCAGCUCACUCACGAUGUGUACAAACCCUUCAUCUUUGCUGCUGAUACCCUGGCAGAUCUGAGCAUGUGGGUGCGCCAUCUCAUUACCUGCAUUUCCAAGUACCAGUCUCCAGGCCGGGCCUCCCUACCCCGAGAGGAAGACUGCUACAGUGAGACGGAAGCAGAAGACCCUGACGAUGAGGUUGGGUCCCUCUCAGCCUCGCCCAGCCCUGCCCCAGCUAGGAGCCCACUCCAUGGAGACAUGUCACCAGCAGCCACACCUACACAGGGCAGCCCGCAGACCUCCUUUGGCCUUCCAGCAGACAACAGUGAAGGAGCGUUGGAAGGAAUGGUACGGGGACUGAGGCAGGGUGGCCUGUCCCUCCUGGGCCAGCCCCAGCCCUUCACUCAUGAACAAUGGCGGAGCUCUUUCAUGCGGCGCAACCGCGACCCCCAGCUCAAUGAGCAAGUGCACCGUGUGAGAACACUACAGAGCACCCUCAAGGCAAAGCUGCAAGAACUGCAGGCCCUGGAGGAAGUGCUGGGCGACCCGGAGCUGACUGGAGAGAAGUUCCGACGGUGGAAAGAGCGGAACCAGGAGCUCUACUCCGAGAGUCUGGGGGCCUGGGGAGUGGUGCAGGCUGAGGGCAGCUCCCAGGUCCUGACCUCUGACUCCAGAGAACAGUCUUCCCACCUCCUGCCCUCUGACGCAGAGGAACACUCCCAUCUCUGCUCCUUGUCCCCGGAGAGCAACCUCCAACCUCCUGACCUCUGACCCUGGCCAGCGCCUGGCUCCUGACCUCUGGCUCUGAGGACCACCUCCGUUCCAGCCUCAAACAUAUCUAGCACAGAGCAGCCUUGGGUUUUGUUCAAGCUUAGAAGUAAAACAGGUCCAUGGUUUUACCCCAAGCUGACCGCUCUCCCUGAGCAUCCACCAUUUCUGCUCCCUUCUCCCCUGGAUGGGGAUAAGAUGAUGUGAGCUCUGUGCCGCCCUCUCCCCUCUUGCCAACGUAGGAAUGGGAGGCUGGACUGAAAGAAACUCUCGCGCAUCCAUCCUCUGACCUGCAGGGCCGUGAACCUGUCUCCCUCAGGCCCAUGGCACUUUUCCCCUCCCCAAACCAGUCUGCAUAGGCAUUCUUCACCUUACACAGAGACACUUUGCAACCAAAUAAAGUCA